AUGGAGGAUAUACUCGUGGCAGUGAUAAUGAUGAUUUUGGUAUUCUCUUUGGUUCCACUCUAUUUAUGGAGACGUCUGGUUGAUUCCCGCCAUCAUCACCAACACCACGAAGAGCCGCAGGAGAUACAAAGGGAAAGAGUUGUUAGGGCUGGCAAUGCGCGCCGUAUGCGUCGAAGACCUGCAGCUUCUUCAGCCGCCAGCUCAUCAUCAGCUGCCCCUGAUGUGGAAGAGACUCAUGAUGGAAGUGAGGAUGAAGAAGAUGGGAACUACACUGCUAAAGCAUCAAAGAAGAAGGAAAAGAAAAGACAAGAGCGUGAAGCACAACGUCAGGUCAUCCGGCGACAAGAAUAA